UCAUGUCAAACCCGAUUUAUGGUUAAACGAUGGAUUCAGAGGACCAUCCUGCAAAUGAUGCAUCACUCACUAUUAAUGAGCAGGUGAUUGUCAUGUCAGGUCAGGAGACCAUUAGAGUUUUGGAGGUAGAAGUGGACUCACCUUUCUCUGGGGCUUGUGUAAAGGCUGAAGCAGGGGCAGAGGAAGGAAAAGGGCAAAUUCUCGAGCCAACUAAAGUCAGCAGUCAGAACAGUCCAGCAGCAACCAGUACCAUGUCUACAGUUUCAACCCAGGCUGUAUCCUCUUCUGCCCAGACUGUUACAGCCCCCAUCAAUGUCUCCUUGGCCCAGCCACAGACCAGAAUGCCUAUUACUAUUCAGACUUCUCCACAGGUUUUAACCCAGGAUGGCCUGGCCACUCUGAUGACUGGUAUGAUGGCCCAGCCGAGCCCUUUGAGUCAGCCCCUGCUUAUUCCACUUAGUAUGGCUGGCUCUGUGACUGGACAGGGUGGACUAGCCAUUCUGACCUUACCGGCAGCUACAAUAGCCACUCUAACUGGACUUGACACUGGUGGUGCAGCUGGAGGACUCAUCAACCUGCCUUUUGCUGGACUUCAGGCUGCCGCUGUUCUAAACUCAGUUCAGCCUGGGCUUCCGUCAUCUGCACAGAUGCUCCUGCAGCCACAGGCAGCUGCACUGCAGUCGUUUCAGCAGACACAGGCUGCUCCAGCCAGCAAUGCCACAGCAGUUCCAGCCUUGGACAAGGUCACCGAGUCCAUUCCAUCAGUUGCCACACUCCAGACUGCAAACCUCACCAUCAACCCUGCAAUUAUCAGUGCUGCUUCUUUGGCUGCUCAGCCACAGUUCAUUAGCUCACUUACUACAACUCCCAUUAUCACCAGCGCCAAUGUUGCAGGACUCACCAGCCAGAUCAUCACAAAUACACAGGGUCAGGUGAUUGGCACUCUGCCUUUGCUGGUGAACCCUGCAUCUUUGGCUGGAGCAUCCUUAACACCUUCCUUGUCUGCUCAGGGUUUUCAGGUGCACACUGUGGCUCCUCAGCUGCUGCUAAAUCCCCAGGGCCAGGUCAUAGCCACCAUUGGGAAUAACCCUAGUGCUGUUGCUGCAACCACCAACUCCACAGUCCUGCCGAAAAAUACUCUCUUACACAGCAUGAACAACACUCAGGCUCCUGUUGUAUCCAUAGCACAGUCUCCAGUUAUGAUUGCCCCACAGCCAUCCCAUGGAAAAUCAGCCCCCUCAGUUGCCUCAUCUAUUCCUGUUGCCUGUGGAGAGAUGCCCACUGUGGGUCAGCUCAAGCCUCUGUCUGGGGUGACUGAAGAAGAAGGCAUUAACCUGGAAGAAAUACGCGAGUUUGCCAAGAACUUCAAGAUCCGCCGGCUCUCAUUGGGACUAACCCAAACACAAGUGGGUCAGGCUCUUACAGCCACGGAAGGACCAGCCUACAGCCAGUCUGCUAUCUGCAGGUUUGAGAAGCUUGAUAUCACACCUAAGAGUGCCCAAAAGCUAAAACCUGUCCUGGAGCGAUGGCUUGCUGAGGCUGAGCUAUGGAAUCAGAAGGGACAGCAGAAUUUAAUGGAAUUUGUAGGAGGAGAGCCUUCCAAAAAACGAAAACGGCGUACCAGCUUCACACCACAGGCCAUUGAGGUUCUGAACAGCUAUUUUGAGAAAAAUGCUCUUCCAACUGGCCAAGAAAUUACAGAAAUUGCCAAGCAACUAAAUUAUGACAGGGAAGUGGUGCGGGUUUGGUUCUGCAACCGCCGACAGACGCUGAAGAAUACCAGUAAGAUCAAUGUCUUUCAAGUACAGUAGAAAGACAGUAAGGUGUAAAAUCCGAAAAUGGAAAAAAAUAGAAAACUAUGGAAGUAAUUUUAUACUAUAAUGUGAAUCAGUAAAGAUUUUUCUGAAGUUGCAGGAGUUUAACUUGCUCACGUUUUAUGUACUUUGGUUAAAAGGAAAAUAAUUGGCACUGCAGGAGUAGUUUGUGAUACAAUAGUAUUAAAUAUCGAUCUUUAAUGUGUAUUUUUUUUAACUACUCAGCAUGUGGGACUUGUUGGGCACCUAAAAAACUAUUGAACUGCCCUUCUGCUUAACUAUAUUGUGAAUCUAAUUUUUUAAAAGGUUGGAUCAUUUUGAUGU